GCAAAAAGCGAUAGGAGCCGGACUACAACUCCCAGCGUUCACAGCGCCCGUCCGCCGCCCGGCACAAACCGGCUGUAGCUCUGUUCCAGGACAGGUUUCCUCUUCUAGCAAGGAUCGGGUCUCCUCUCGGUCUCCGGGAAGCGACUCUGCCCUGGGCUACGGCGCGGGAGCAUGGCCCUGCACCUGCACAGGCUGAGCUCUGGCCCCUGGUGCCGCGCGGCACGGCUGGGCUGCGGAAAGCUGCGCGCCUGGUCUGGGCGCUGCGCAGCCGGACGCAGCUGCGGACCUCCUGGCACUGCCCGUACCGAGCACAGUCGCGGGCUGGGGUACGGACCUGCGACCAGAGGCGGCCCCUGGCUGGGCACUGGGCUGGCCGCAGCGAUGGCGGGGUUAGCAGGGCUGGCCGUCGCCGCCUUUGGGCACUUGCAGCGGGCAGAGAUGGUGCCCAGGAGCUCGGCGGCGCGGAGCCCCUCGCCGGAGAAGGAGGAAGAGGACGAGCUGGCCCGCCGCUGCCGCUGCUUCAUGGCCCCUCCUGUGACUGAUCUGCGCGAGCUGCGGAAGAGGCCAGGGGACAUCAAGACCAAGAUGGAGCUCCUGAUCCUGGAGACCCAGGCCGAGGUGUGCCAGGCCCUGGCGCAGGUAGACGGGGCCGCUAGCUUCUCUGUGGACCGAUGGGAGAGGAAGGAAGGAGGUGGUGGUAUCAGCUGUGUACUUCAAGAUGGGCGUGUUUUUGAAAAGGCUGGGGUGAGCAUUUCUGUUGUUCAUGGGAAUCUUUCUGAAGAAGCAGCAAAACAGAUGAGAAGCAGAGGAAAAGUUCUGAAGACUAAAGAUGGUAACAAACAGUGGUGGUUUGGUGGUGGAUGUGACCUCACCCCAACAUACCUGAACCAAGAAGAUGCUGUCCAUUUUCACCAAACUCUAAAGGAGGCUUGUGACCAACAUGGUCCAGAUCUGUAUCCCAAAUUUAAAAAAUGGUGUGAUGACUACUUUUUCAUAACCCACCGUGGAGAGCGGAGGGGCAUCGGUGGUAUCUUUUUUGAUGACCUUGACUCUCCAUCCAAGGAGGAAGUGUUCCGCUUUGUGCAGAGCUGUGCCCAGGCUGUGGUUCCUUCUUAUAUUCCCCUAGUGAAAAAGCACUGUGAGGACUCAUUCACAGCCCAGGAGAAGCUGUGGCAGCAGCUCAGAAGAGGACGAUAUGUAGAAUUUAAUCUGCUGUAUGAUCGAGGAACAAAGUUUGGCCUCUUCACUCCAGGAUCCAGGAUUGAAAGCAUCUUGAUGUCUUUGCCUCUAACUGCCAGAUGGGAAUAUAUGCAUUCACCCUCGGAGAAUUCUAAAGAAGCUGAAAUUCUGGAAGUUCUGCGCCAUCCCAGGGACUGGGUGCAUUGAUGCAGGCAGAGAAGUUGUGUGGGGUUUGGAGGACACAGGUGUGUGCCUUGCUCCACUGCUGGUAUUGUUGCCAUUGUGUGGCAGUUAGUUCUCUUUGCCUUAGUGCUCCAGUCUUGUCCUCUGGCCCCCACCUUCUUGGCAGGUGGUAGGAUGUGUGGAUGCUUUGAGUGAUGUGUUGUGGGAUGGCAGGUUGUCAGAGUUGAUUAGUAUAAAACUGAUACUUGUAGAAUCAUUUUAUGUGACUAGUUUACAGAAUUUGACAUUGAGUUUCCAAGUAUUAACUUAGGGGAAUACAAAUGCUAUAAUAUGUACCUGGAAACUCAUCUCAUUUUUGUAUUUUAUUUGUUAAAGUUUUAGUUUCUUCUACAGAAAUCUGUCAUGGAAUAUGUUUUGUCUUUAUUAAUGCAGUGAAAUUGAGACUUCUUGGUAAUUUUAGCAAUUUGAAGGUAAAAUUUUUACUUUUUCAUUAUUAAAGUCUGAUAUAAUCAGUUUUCUUUAGAGGCCUUAAUAUUGUAAAAUAUUCAUUUUUUUAAUGAUAGAUAUUUGGAAACAGUUGAAAUUUUCUUAUCUCUGCAUGUAUCACAAUUCAGUUAUUACUUACAGAUUUUAACUCUAAUGUGACAGUACUGUUAUUUUAAAAAGGAAUAUCUAAGUUGUAAUUUUUAAUUUUUUUACUAUAAUUUGUUAAUGUUGGAAUUCUCUGUACUUUUGAAAAUGAAAGCUUAUGUCCCUGGAUUCUGAUACUUUAGAAUUUUCUAUUUCAGACAUUUCUACAUGGAAGUUUUGACUAAGAAUAAUCCUAAGAUGUGAAUUUAGGAAAUGUUUUUCAUUUGGAAAAUAAAAUGAGAUUCUAUAUAAAAUUAGAGAUUGUAUAACUUCUUUCUUCUUAAGAGAACAACAAAAUUCUUAAUAUAUGACUUGUUUAUUCAUAUAGUAAUGUGAAUAUAUUAUUUUACUUCAUGUAUGAUUUAUUGAAGUUUGUAAGAAACCAUGUAUACAUAUUUUUAAGCAUUAUCCUGAAAUAUAUUGGAUAUAUGUGAUUAUAUGUGGCUCUUUUAAGUACUAGAAAAAAAUAGAUGAAUUUUUUCAACUGUCUUAUAGCAGAUCCACUAAUAAAUUUUAUUAUGAAAUAAGACAAUGUAAGAAAUGUUUUGUUGGGAUAGUUGAUAUAGGAAAACUCAAAUAUUUCUCAAGAUCAAAUGGUAGUUCUUCAUUUCUAGGUGUUUAAGAGAAAUAUAAGAUUUGUACUCAAUUUUCAUAGUAGUUUUCUUUCUUCUUUUGUUUGUUUUUUGUACCAGGGAUUGAACUCUGGGCCUUCAGAAUGAGCUAUAUCUCUAGUCUUUAUUUUUUUAUUUUGAGACAGGGUCUCAGUAAGUUGUCUAGUGACUUGAAUUUGCGAUCUUCUUGCCUCAGCCUCUUAAGUACUAGGACUGUAGGCAUUCAUAGCAUUUUCAUAUAUAAUAGAUAAAAAUUAGAAACAACUCAAAUAGCUAUCAACAGAUGAAUGAAUAAACAAUUUGUGAUAUGUGCAUACAAUGAAAUACUGCUCAGCAAUCCAAAGAAAUUAACUAUUGAUAAAUGCAGUAGCUCAUACAAACAUCAAAAUCACUAUACGAAGGAAAAAGAAGCCAGACAUAAGAGUACUUAUGAUGGCACUAAAUAAAAAUCUUGAAAAGUGAAAGCUUUAAUUUGGAAAGUAGAUCAGUGAUUGCCAAAAUCUGCAGAUGGGGAGUUGAUUGUGAAAGGCGAUAACCGAAUAUAUUGUUGAAGUGAUGGAAAUGUUCUGUAUUUUGAUAGUGGUAGGAGUUACUAGGUUCUAUACAUUUAUUAAUACUCAACAUUGUGAAAUUUUAUUUUAUAUGUGAAUGAUACUUCUAGAAAACUGAUACUGUGAACAAAUAUAGGCAUAUAGGAAUAAAUGUUUAACUUUUUAAAAAGAGUCACUUAUGUAGGUCUUCUGGUCUAUUUAGUUGUGUUUAAGGCUAUUAUAGGCUGGACAGUAGACCAACAUAAAACUUCAAAUUUUUGUUUUGUUUUGUCUUUUUUGUUUGUUUUUUGAGACAGGGUCUCGCUUUGUAGCCCAGGCUGGCCUUGAACUUACAGCAAUCCUCCUGCCUCCACCACCAUGCCCAGUGAAACUUCAAACUUUUUUCUGUGCAUAUCUGUUUUCUUGUUCUUUGAAUUUUUAUUAAGGAUGAAUUUCUAUUAAGGAUGAGGUUAUGUCUGGAAAUAAUUGUAUAACUAUCAGAAAACAUAUUUCUACUAUUCUUCAAAGUAAAUUUGUCUUUCAAAUUC